AUGGCUCAAGAGCAUGGAGAGUCAGCAGGUCAAAGAUUGGAAGUCAUCAGAGAAUACGCGGUGGCCCCGUGGGAAGACCGCAUUCGUGUUCUCUGUGACCUCGAUGAUGACCAGGCAGCUGAGUUGGUUGCGAAAGCGCAAGGCAUUGUCGUCGCGACGAGCUCAUCCGAAAGGCGAGGCGUAGUCGGCAUGGGAGGCUGUGUUCGAGAUACGAGAGUCAACAACGAGCAAGAAGCACUGGCGAGCUAUUCCAUCACUCUGGGGCCGCGAGAAGAUCAAAACCCAUAUGUCGCGGAGCUGGAGGCGAUUGCCACGGCUCUGCGAUGUAUGCCAGCGCGACUCGAGCAAAGAGAGCUAGUCUUUGUCACAAGCAACAGAUCGGCCAUGCAGGCGAUUGGCCAACCGCGCCAGCAGUCGGGCCAAUACAUCAUCAAGAAAUUUACAAGCAUGUCAGGCUCUUCCGGCAACGGGGUGUUUCGAUUCGUAUGA